GUGGGGGCUGGUGGCCCGGGCGCUGGUUCGGUCGCCAUGGAGUAGCCGCAGGGGGCACGGGGCUGAGCCGCGGCUGGAGAGCGCGACGCGGACGGACGCACGGCGGGCCACGGCCCCCGCAGCUUCCCGUAGGCGCAGGCUAACGUGAUAGCAUAUUGUUGGGACAAUGGAGUCCAUGCUGAAUAAGUUGAAAAGUACCGUUACAAAGGUAACAGCUGAUGUCACCAGUGCGGUCAUGGGAAAUCCUGUUACCAGGGAAUUUGAUGUUGGCCGACAUAUUGCUAGUGGUGGCAAUGGGCUUGCUUGGAAGAUCUUUAAUGGAACUAAAAAGUCAACAAAACAGGAAGUUGCUGUUUUCGUCUUUGAUAAAAAGUUAAUAGACAAAUAUCAGAAAUUUGAAAAGGAUCAGAUUAUUGAUUCUUUAAAGCGAGGAGUUCAACAACUAACAAGGCUUCGACACCCUCGACUAGUUACUGUCCAACAUCCAUUAGAAGAAUCCAGAGAUUGCCUGGCAUUUUGUACAGAACCAGUCUUUGCAAGUUUAGCUAAUGUUCUUGGCAACUGGGACAAUCUACCCUCUCCUUUACCAUCUGAUAUUAAGGAAUACAAACUUUAUGAUGUGGAAACCAAAUAUGGCUUGCUUCAGGUCUCUGAAGGUUUGUCCUUUCUGCACAGCAGUGUGAAAAUGGUCCAUGGAAACAUUACUCCUGAAAAUAUAAUUUUGAAUAAAAGUGGAGCAUGGAAAAUUAUGGGAUUUGAUUUUUGUAUUCAGUCAACAAAUCCAUCUGAACAAGAGCUGAAGUUCCUAUGUAAAGAAUGGGACCCAAACUUGCCAUCCUUGUGUCUUCCAAAUCCUGAGUAUUUGGCACCAGAAUACAUCCUUUCAGUGAGCUGCGAGACUGCCAGUGACAUGUACUCUUUAGGAGCUGUCACGUAUGCAGUAUUUAAUAAAGGGAAACCUAUUUUUGAGGUCAACAAGAAAGAUAUUUAUAAAAGUUUCAGUAGACAGCUGGAUCAGCUGAGUCGCUUAGGCUCCACUACACUUCAGAAUAUACCAGAGGAAGUACGCGAACAUGUAAAACUACUAUUAAAUGUAGCUCCUGCAGUCAGACCAGAUGCAGAUCAAAUGACCAAGAUACCAUUCUUUGAUGAUGUUGGGGCAAUGACACUCCAAUAUUUUGAUUCUUUAUUCCAAAGGGAUAAUCUUCAGAAAUCACAGUUUUUUAAAGGGCUACCAAAGGUUCUGCCAAAACUGCCUAAGCGUGUUAUAGUGCAGCGAAUUUUGCCUUACUUGACCUCAGAGUUUGUGAACCCUGAUAUGGUACCCUUUGUUUUGCCUAAUGUUCUGCUGAUUGCUGAAGAGUGCACCAAAGAAGAGUACAUCAAGCUUAUUCUGCCUGAUCUUGGCCCUGUUUUUAAACAGCAAGAACCAAUCCAGAUUUUGUUGAUUUUCUUGCAAAAAAUGGACUUGCUCCUAACCAAGACUCCACCAGAUGAAAUAAAGAAUAGUGUCCUUCCAAUGGUUUACAGAGCUUUAGAAGCACCUUCAAUUCAAAUUCAGGAACUUUGCCUUAACAUAAUUCCUACAUUUGCCAACCUAAUAGACUACCCAUCAAUGAAAAAUGCAUUAAUACCAAGAAUUAAAAAUGCAUGUUUGCAAACUUCCUCUCUUGCUGUCCGUGUGAACUCCUUAGUGUGCUUAGGAAAGAUUUUGGAAUAUUUGGAUAAGUGGUUUGUACUUGAUGACAUUCUACCCUUUCUACAACAAAUUCCAUCUAAGGAACCUGCAGUGCUUAUGGGAAUUUUAGGUAUUUACAAAUGUACAUUUACUCAUAAGAAGUUGGGAAUUACCAAAGAACAACUUGCGGGAAAAGUAUUGCCGCAUCUUAUUCCUCUUAGUAUUGAGAACAAUCUUAAUCUCAAUCAGUUCAAUUCCUUCAUUUCUGUCAUAAAAGAGAUGCUUAGUAGAUUGGAGGUUGAACAUAAGACCAAACUUGAACAACUUCAUAUUAUGCAAGAACAGCAAAAGUCUUUGGAUAUAACUAAUCAAAUGAACGUAUCUGAAGAGUCAAAAUCUAAUAGUACAGGUAAUCAGAUUGACAAGGUGUUUAACAGUACUGGAAAUGACGUUCCAACUAGUGGAUCAGAUAAUAAAGAAAAUGGAUUGUCAUCAAAACAGAAAAAGGUGUCACUUACACUUGAAGAGAAGCAAAAGUUAGCAAAAGAACAAGAACAGGCACAAAAAUUGAAAAACCAGCAACCACUUAAGCCUCAGUCACACACAAUCACAGCUCCAGUCAAACAGACAAAGGACUUGACAGAUACCUUGAUAGAUAAUAUGUCGUCUUUGACCAGCCAUUCCAUCAGCAAACCUAAAGUUGCUUCUUCAAGUAGCUUCUCUUCUGUCCCAUCUAUGGGUGUUGGAAUGGGAUUUUUAUCACCUGUUGACAGCACAAAGAGAAACAUAGCAAAUGGACUAAAUACUAAUAUGGGAUUUCAGACUUCUGGAUUCAGCCUUGGGGCAGGUACUACAAACCAGAAUUUCUUCAGUAGUCCAGCUGCAACUGGAAUGACCAAGAUGAACAUGGUACCAACUGCCAACGUGCCAAACUACAGCCCUGUGAGUGCUACCUCUGGAAUCUCACAGCCGACACAACACAACAGAUCCCCAGACAUGUCUGCUUUAGAUAGUCUUUUUGGUCCUCAAAAACCCAAAGUUAGUAUGAACCAAUUGUCACAACAAAAACCAAACCAGUGGCUUACUCAAUUUGUACCGCCUCAAGGUUCCCCGGGUGCAAGCAGUUCUGUUUUGGGACCACAGAUGAACGCUCUAGGACAACCUGGUUUUGGUAUGCAGGGUAAUCCUUUCUUUAACCCUCAGAACUUUGCACAGCCAACAAACACCAUGACAAACAGCAGCUCAGCUAGCAAUGACUUAAAAGAUCUUUUUGGGUAAAAUGUUUUGCUUUCUUUUUCAAAGAUUGAUACAAUUUGAAUGAUGGGUAAGCUGAUUAACAUCUUUGUAUGAUUGGUAAAAAUUUGACUUGGGGAAACUUUCCACCUAGCAAAAUAAAGACUUGUACUGGAAAAAGAUUUUGUUUUCAGGCUGACCUGGUAAUGCAAUAGAAUCUCAUAAUUGUCAAGUUGUCUUAUGUGAUAAAUAAUCUUGGACCUUUUCCCCCAACUUCAGGGUUUUAAGUCAGUGUACAUCAAUCUGCAUACAUCCAUGCACAAAAGCAGAAGCUAAAUAUUUCAUAAUUGUUCAGAGAUUUGUUCCAAAUAGCUUUUGGAUUUGUGUAGUUUUACGCAAAUUGAACAAAAAUGGUUAAGUUGUAAUAAGCUAAUUUAUAUUGUUUAGUGCCCCCACAAUAUGCAAGUCUCUGUUCAAUGUGUGCUAAAUCCUGAUGUGGUAUUGAUUUGGACAGCAUAAAUUUGGUAUGACCCUGAGUUGUACUAUGACACACCAUGGGAUUACACUGCAUCCAAUUGUCUAGUUUUUUUUAGCCAUGUUGAAUGAAAAUGUCUCUAAUCAUGUAUAAGAGACUAAGGUUUUGAAGGGAAAUGUUUUGGCUUUCACUUUAUCUCGUUAGAGAGUAAGAAGGGUUAAUACAGCAGUAGUGUUCAACAAGAGUAAAGUGAUAAUGGUGAUCAUUCUAAUUCUCAUUAAAACAGAAUGGAGAUUUUGGGGGGUGAAAUUGUGAUAUUAACUCCUAAGCAAUAUCCAGUUUAGGACACAGAAAAGCACUGCUCCAAUAGUCAUGCUAGAUUAUAACUUGCUUCAUGAUUUUUGAUUCCCGAUUUUCAGCACCAGAGCAAGAGCCGUGUACCAUUGAUGUUAAGCCUUUCUAAAUCCUGCUUAAAACAUGGUGGGUAACUUAGUCAAUCAUGUAUAUUGUAAGUGAAAUAUUUCUGUGUUUUAGUGGCUAAGACGAUCUGCCUCAAAAUUGGAUAUAGCUUGCAUAGUUACAUGGAAACAUUUUGGUCACUUAACAUUUUCUAUAUAUAUUAGAGGAGACUGAAGAGGACUGCUCAAAACUAGUGCUGUGUAUAGUUAUGUGAAAAAGCAGUCUGCCAUGAUUGCCUUGAUUUAAAAUAAACAAUUACUCAGAUUUUUUUUCUGCCAAACUCUUAUGAAGGACAAAUGCAUAUGAAGUGAAUUCUCAAAAGCAAAACUGUAAGCACUAGAUUUGGUGACUAGAUAACUAAAUCCUUUUAAUGUAUUGCUCCAAAUUUAAUAAAGUUCUCCAAAAAUUUAAGCAGUAGUUUCUUCUGCUUCCAAACAGGUAGAUGUUCAGCUUGCCCAUGAUAGAAUCUUUUGUCUGACAGUUACUACAGUUUGUUUUUAACUCUUUCCUAGGAAAUUCAGGAACCUUCUUGUGUAAUAUUUAGAAGACUAUUUAGAAGACUGACUAUUUUGAGAAGGAAAGAACUAGUUCACUUUUUUUUAUAGAAAACUUGUACUUUAUUUUUCAAAGCCUUUCGCUGAUGAAAUUGUUCUUUCAGUUGCUGCUUAAGAAACCAAAGGGCCUUAUGCUGUAAAUGUGACUUGUACUUUGUUAAAUUAUAUUUCCACAGUUUUAAGCAGUAAAAACGUUAAAAUGAAUCUUUUUAAAAUACCUGUGUAUUAUAGCUACUGCCUUAGUCCUUUUGUUUUAAAAUAUCUGGGACCAGUGGGGGAAAAAAAAAAUUUUAAACGCACAUUGUAUGUGCUGUUGAUAUUUUUGGUAGAUAUUGUAGGUUACAUUGAAUUAGCAGCAUAAUUUAAAUGCGAUACUAGGACUACUAAACGUUUUCGAUACAUAUAUGGUUAAUGACAUUCUAUACUGUGGGUGAUCCUAAUGUCUUUUUUUAUAUAAAUCAACUUGCACAUCUGAUUUCUGCGAGAUGUACUUUAUUAGGGCAAUCUAAGGCAAAACUUUGAAGAAUUACUUGAGUCUGCAUUCUCCUGAAUUAUGUGGGAAAUAAAACAGUGUUAAAAAAUGACCACUGUUAAUAUAGCUUGUUGUAAAAUCUGUCAUCCAUGGAAGAGAUGCACUCAAACCAAAAAAUUCUAAUCUGGGUUUUGACCACUCCUGUGCUCGUGACCGUCCCACACAUAGAGUUGGGGGGCAUUCAGGGCAUUAGGAUUUUGGUUCAGCCUAUUAGAGAGAGGGGGGACAGUUGAAAAAUUUGGAAUUUUGGGUCCAUGAUUUUAGUUGGGCCAAUCUCCAAUUCCAAGUAUAUAGGGUAGUUCUUUGUAAACUAUUUUUAUGCCCUGAAGGGUUUAUUUUCGAGAGAGAGAAAGAUUGUACAAGAGGUAAUAUACUGGAUAAAUGUUUCUGUCUGGCUUGAAUAAUUUGGAAUUUUUUUUGUGCAGCACUUUGGUGCAAAAUUUGUUUCCCUGUGAAAUGAGGCAUAGCAUCCAAAAUCCAGAGUUCUAUGCCUACGUAAUGCUUCUUGGGCUCUGUAACAAGAGGGAUUGUUUACGAAGCUGACUCUAUCUCCAGGUGCUUUUGCUCACCCCCAAGCCACAAUGAUGGGUUGAACUGCAGAUAGUAGUAUAUCAUGCAGUCUAAGUUAAUACUACUGGAUCAGCAGUAAGAUAUAUAUCUGGAAUCUGCAGAGGUAUUAGGGAAAGGAUAGGGGAGAAAUACAGAGACAAUGUUACAGAAGAUGGCCAUGCCUCAGGCCUGCCAUUUUCCUAGUAAAGGAGGGAAUUCCAUGGGUUCAGAGGUAAGUCGGGAAGAUGGGUCACACCUAUACUGCCCCUUCUUUAUUUUCUGUAUCUGCUAUUUUUUUCUCUCCAUGCAUUUAGCCCUCAAAUGGAAUGGAAAUUUGCUUUGAAAUUGAUAUUAGCUGUAGGCAAUGUGUAGAAAAUAUUUAUAUUUGUAUCACCAAAAUAAUCAUGCACUGUAAAAUUAAUGGUGUUGUGUUGUCUUGAACAAUUAAUGCAGGUUUUACGUUUCUGCCCUUCACGCUGAAAUGAACCUUAAAAAUAUGUGCAAACAUUGCAUGCAUCAAGUACAUUUGUUUAUGUAACGCCCCAAUCCUGCACUUACAUCUAUGCGAUCAGACCUCCAUUGACUGCAGUAGAGUUCUGUGUGGGUCUGGCUCUUAGUCAAGGAUUGCAGUCCAGGUGUGUUGUAACUCGUAUUUGUUAGAACUGAAAACUGGAGUGAAUAUAUCAAAGCAAAAAAGGGAUAAGGGAGCAAGUUUCCCUUUGAUCCACUUCACUGCCACUUUUUUAGUGUAAGACAAAAUAUAAACACUGGGGAAAUAUAGAUGCAUUUCCUCUGUGUGCGAGCAUUAGUUGUCCUCCUGCUGUUCUGCCAUGCAGUAUAAAUUAGUGACUAUAAGCCUAUUCAUAGGCUUCUGGCUCAGACCCUUUUGUACUCUAAAGUCUGGAGAAUUCUGUGAAAAACAAACAAAAUCAGUAACACAAAUUAGCCUUUUCAAUGGGGCCACAGUAUUUAGCGGCUUGAAGAACCUGCUCGACUAGGGCUGAUAGAAAGUUUGCCUGGACAAGUGAGCUGAGGGGGGGCCAUGGAACUGCCGACUCCUUUCCUGGGAGGGAGG